CUUUUUCUCCUUGCGGGUGCCGGCUUGAUUGUGUACUUCCGCUAUGAGAAAUCUCGCAUGGAGCGCAAGCGUGUGACUGAGGCUACUAAGGGCGUUGGGAAACCUAAAGUCGGAGGUGAUUUCGAACUGGUUGACCAGAACGGCAAUAAGUUCACCGGAGAGGAUAUGAAGGGAAAAUAUGCUUUGGUUUACUUUGGUUUCACCCACUGCCCAGAUAUUUGCCCGGAAGAGCUUGACAAGAUGGCCGAUAUGAUUGAUCUUGUCAAGGAAAAGAAUGGCAAUGUAAUGCGACCCGUCUUCAUUACUUGUGACCCUGCGCGGGACACGCCUGCCGUGACCAAGUCGUAUCUUCAGGAGUUCCACCCUGACCUCAUCGGCCUCACUGGAACUUGGGAGCAGAUCAAGGCUGUGUGCAAACUCUACCGCGUCUACUUCUCUACGCCUCCCAACGUCAAGCCUGGCCAGGACUAUCUCGUGGAUCACAGCAUCUACUUUUAUCUCAUGGAUCCCGAAGGCGACUUUGUCGAGGCCAUUGGCCGUCAGCACACGGCUGCCCGCGCAGCCGAGAUUAUCAGCGCUCAUGUGAAUGACUGGAGAGGGAAGCUCGAUAGAAGCUAA